UAUUACUACCAGUAUUUUCCCCAGCGUCUGUCGUUGCUGGCCAGCCAUUCGUUUGAUACGAACUGCUCGGGGCUCCUUCACCUAUCCUCCUUUCCCCCCGGCUUACACAACAAACAAAUCCUCGACUACCGAGACCUGUUCACUCCAGCGUUGACUUACCGCCACGCAUAUUUAGGACAAGCCAGGCUUGUCUAGCAUGCCCAAUAUCACACACGGCUCCAGCCAUAAUCACUCUCGCUACGCCUCCGACUCUCUUGAGAUGCCCAGCAGCAUCCCGACCAACACCCAACAGAUGGAGUUCUACGGUUCCCGGGGUCAGGCCAUGGCGACCGGUUAUUACGAACACCCCCUCUCGGCCACGCCCACCGGCCAGGCCUCCAUGCCGGUUGCCUCGUACGACCACCAGUAUGCCGUGGCCCCGCCGCUCGCCAUACAGACAAGCAGCGGUGGUUACACCAGCGCGCUACCCACACAACACCGCGCGUCCUCGGGCGCAUGGACUGCCGAGGACGACCAGGCCCUCAUCAGGGCCCGCGCCCAAGGCCUCAACUGGGGCACCAUCAUGACCAACCACUUCCCCAACAAGACUGCCAACGCGUGCCGCAAGCGCCACGAGCGCCUCAUGGAGCGCAAGGGCGCUGACGACUGGGACACCAUCAAGCUGGAGCGCCUGGCUAGGGAGUAUAUGAACAUGCGCAAGCAGAUUUGGGCCCCGCUUGCCCAGGCUACCGGCGAGAAGUGGAAUGUUGUCGAGCAAAAGUGCAUGUCGAACGGUAUCAAGAACCUACAGUCGGCGGCCCGUCACGCCACCCGCCGCGAGAGGGCCGACGGGGGCCACGGCAUGUAUGAUGAAGACGGCGCGGUCUCCGGGAUUGGAAUGACCCCGAUCGACGAGCAGGAACUUCCCUUCUCAUCACCGUCGUCUGCUGGCAGCGGCCCGGGCAGCACCGGCAGCAGCGCCUACGGCCCAGCAUCGCAUUCGGGAAACGGAUACGCGGCCGCCCCCGGCGGCUACUACACGGGACACCAUCAACAUCAGCCAUCGCAUCAUCAUCAGCACCAUCAUCACGGGUACAGCAACUCCGUCUCGAGCACAGGGACCGCCGGGUACGGCAACGCGGGGGGCGGCAGCGUGGGCAGCCACAGCCCCAGCCCUUACCUGGGUCACGGCGCCCGUCUGCCCAGCGUGGACAUGGGGAUCAACAACCUGAUCAGCCGGGGCUCGGGGGGUCGCCAGUGAUGGGCCUCAACCUCAUGGACCCGCCCCUGUGCCCGCAGGACCCGAGCAACGACUACGAAGAUGCCCUCCAAGAUGAUGCCCUCUAGCGGCAUUCAACCCCAUCUCGAUUCCCUUGCGCCCACACUCACUACUUGUCAUCACAUACCGACCAAGUUUCCUUAUCACCUAUCCUCCUGGCGGGCCCCCCGGUUAUUCACCUUGCAUAUUUCCCACCCCGGCAUCUCCUUUCUCAACUUGACUAGAGAGCCAUCGAAUGCAUGGUACGGCGCAUCACAUACGCUUCCUUCUUACUUUUUUACAUCCCAUGGACUUUGGCCAAAACUUAUGACCAUAAUGAUUUUCCUUUUUCUCCCUUUCCUUUGUCAUCCCAUUUCAACCCUCCACAUCCAUCCUCUCAGAAUAACAAGCAUUCAGCGCCUAAUCACACCCUCGAUUGUUCUGCUACUUUUGAGGAACACACGCUCACUGCACUUGGCCUUGGCUUCUCCCCACUUCUCUGGAUCUGGCUUUCCAAACUGUUUUUGCUUGGAUUUCAUCUUCGUGCCGGUUUGCCUUUAGUUAUUUUUUUUAUCUUGGGCGGGUUCGGGAGAAAACCCCGAAUAUUGUCAAGGAGUUCCGGCGAAAUAGGUGUUUUCCCCAGAGGAGGCGUUGCUCUUGUUGUCUAUUUUCUUCUUGUCACAGUUUGUUCACCCACACAUUAUCUUUUGGAUUCCCAGGCGUGAUCAAAACGCUUGUACUAUUAGCUAAACACGGCUGUCUGCUCUCGAAAGAUGCCGAUCGAGACUCUCUGCUCGAGUACGAGAGGGCCGGCUCGCCGCAUUGCAAUUUCACACAUACGAGUAAAAGCUGAGCUAUAGAGAAGACAGCAGCACAAAUUCUAUUUUGGGCUCACAAACGAAGCCCAUGAUUACACUCGCA